CACCAUCCGAUGAACAUUCCGUCUUCCGCUAUCGACCGGACCGGUGUACUGUUUAGUUCGUGAUGUUUUACGAGAUGCGUGACAAGCAAUAUGAUUCCGGGUCGUCGUGCCUGGGCCGAUGCUGGGUGUUGGUGGCCAUGUGUGGGUUACUCAUCACUGUGUCGUUCAUCGGGAUGACGCUGUGGCUCGGCAUGAAUAGCAGGCCGGAUGUGCCGGCGGCUGUGUACCAGCCACCUGUACAUGCGGUCCCGAACGUUCACAGACACCACUACGAGGUAACUACGGCCAAGUCCGCAUUCCCGACGGCCGACUAUGACGCGAUGCCCACUACGAGCAUAAAGAACAAAAAAGGUAGGAUCGAAAUAGUCGAACACGAGAAAAUGGCCAAAAUCGAACCGACCACUCCGAUUACGCGAGUCGAGGCUAAGCUCGACGACGGUGUGAGCCCGAUGGAGGAGACCAUAGAGCCGUCCAGGGUGAGCGGGGUGAGAAAAAAGAGUGAGGUAGUGUAUCCGAAUUGGUCCGAAAUGGAAGGGAAGACCGAAGACGAGGUGGAGCCGUCGCAAGGAUUUCAACCUUACUACGUGAGUGAGCAGCCAGACACACAAAAGUUUAACCCCAUACCCGCGUUUUCCUACCUUAAAGAACACCCAAUCCGAUUGCCAGGAAAAGACAUCCGACCGCCGGGCACUAGCGAAAGCGAGGAAUAUCCCUAUUUCUAUCCCCAGUUCGAGGAUGUAACGCCCGCAGAUGAGAAAGCCGUAAAUCCAGUGUUUACGUUUUUACGGAAAAGGUUACAGGAUGUCCGCGAUUGGUUGGCACAGUCAGGUAUCCGGAAGAAUCAGACUCAAUGGAUUCAAAUGGUUGACGCUGUUAAUCAAUCACUGUACACAAAAAAUGCCACAAUCGUAUUGUCUAAGCUUCGUGAAAUGUACGCCAACACCAGUGAUGUAGCUGCCGACACGCCCGUAGCUAGCCUAAUUUAUCCAGCUGCCGCUAACGAUUCCGCCGCCAGCCUAGUUUCGUUUGGACUGUUGGCCAUCGAUCUUUUUCUGUUGCACAACGUACAGCAAAUUGCCCUUAACGAAGACGCAGAAGCCGGGCAGCAAAUGCUCAACGACCCGGACGUGGUGGCUUUGAAUGCGCUGUUUUUGCCUCCCGACCGUGUGAAACAACUGCGGUCGGCCAAUUCGAGAGUGUUAUCGGACGAACGUCGAGACAGAAACCCUAAAGGAUUCGUAUCCGAGUUGAUGGAAUUUGUCAAUGGUGGUUUAAGAGCAAUACUUAAUCUGAGUAGGGCGUACAGGAGUAGCUCUCGAGCGGCGAAGGCCGAGGGAAAAAGCGUGGGUGAUAACCCCACAGCUAGUGGAUCAUCGUUGGAUUGUAUUUGGACGUUAUACUGCCGAAAUCUAGACAAGACUGCUAAACUAGACGGACCUUAUGGAUUUUUAGCCAAGAUGAACAGCUUGGGUUUACGUUUAAUGAUGGGUGAAUUUCCCGUCGAGAGAGCGCUGGAGCAUCUAAUCAAGGAAUCGGCUCACGGAUGGCGGAGAUUGAAUUGUGAUCGGCUUUUCCCCAGGUGUAACGGGGAAGAGGCCAAGGAGGUGGUCAUCGAGACGGCACUUGGGCAAAACCUGUCCGGUGAUUCCGAAUCAUCAUAAUCAUCUCUAAAUUAUUUUUUCUUUACUCCAUCGUAUUAUACUACUGCCAGUGAGUUCGCUAGAAGAUAGGAUAAAGGUCACUUUUUUCGUGUUUUAUUGAUGCGCUCAAUGUACAGAGACAUUUCCAAACGGUGGGCACGAUAAAAGCGCACCCGAAACAAUCUUCCAGAAACCUCUGUUUAUCAAUCAUAUUUGAUUCGCGGUCCAUGAUACGAUAGUAAUACAUGACGGCACGAACUAAAAAAUAAUGAAAUAUAGUUUAAGUGUCUGUCGUUAUUGAAAACUAGUUCCUCUGAAAAAUAAUGUGUUAGGUAUAUCUAUAAAAAAAUAUAAUACAAAAAUUAUGAAAAAAAAAAAAUGUGUAGGUAGUUUAUAACGGCAAAAUAGUUUUUGUUCCCAUCUAAACUAGCCGAUAAAUUUGUUCCAAUGUGAUCAGUAAUUUUCUAAAUCGAUAUCAUCAUGAACUGUGAAUUGUCAACCGUUAUUUCGGGUAGAACAAACAACAGGGGAUAUUAUUAUUUAUAUUAUUUUUUAUUUCAUUUGUUGUUAUACUUUCCAUUUUUUCAUAUUCUAUAAAUUUCCUACACCUUAAAAGUAUACAAUAUAAGGAACACCCGUCGAUAACUUAUAUCAAUCGUAACGAACUGUAGUUAUGUGUUAACAGUAGUUUGGAAUGAUUUUAUUAUUAUCCAAUGUAUAUAGUUUGAUUCAAAAAUAUUCUUCACCAUUCAGCGGCCAAACAUAUGGUUUUUAUAACUUAAAAAAAUUAAAACUAAUCUACCAAUAUACAUGGGUCGGCUAUCUGUUAUUGAUAGGUAGGUACUAUGGGCCAGUUGAUGUCGCUUCAAUGUCAAUAUAAAAUAAUAAAAUUAAACUCCAAUAUUAUGUUGAAUGUUCAUAUUUUAUUUUGUAUCUUCAAAAAUAUUUCUGUACAAUAUGAAUUAUUUACAAAUCAUCGCUAAAGGAUUACAUAAUAUCGUGCUAAGCGUAAGGUGUCGAUUAUUGUAUUAUUUAGGGAAUAUUUUCUCAUAGUAAACUAAGGUAUAUUUAUACAUUAUUUUUUAAUAAUUUAUUUAUGUUGUUUAGAGUUAUAUUUAUUUAGAUUUUAUUAAUUUAUUAUUAUUUUUUUUUAAUAAAAUAUUUUAUUGAAUAAA